CCGGAAUUAACGCAGUAGAUUGAGUCGCUGUGUAGUUUGAUUGAGCCUAGCUUAAAAACAUGUAUAUAUUGUGUUUGCUGGUUGUGUUGUGUUUCGGCCACCAAUGCAACACAAUCAGCGACGUGAAUAUAGACCCAAGUACCAAGACUGUCGACGGGCCAAACUUGGAAACAUUGGUAAAUAUCCCGGGGCACAUGAAACCACUUGGCGCUCACCGGCCGCCCGAAGGCACAAUAGAAGUGUUAGAUGAAGUACCAGACCCCAAAAACGUUCUUUGAACAAUACGUAAAACCAGGAAAACCUGUUUUGUUUCGUGGUGCUGGGAAGGCAAUGAAAUCGUAUCUGCUAUGGACCGAUGAAUACUUAAGGAAGAAAUAUGGAAAAUUAGAAGCAGAAGUGGAAGAAGGAAAAAAAGAAAAUCGAUCAAAGGAAUUAUAUCAUAUGAGUUUUAGUAGUUUUCUUGACGUUUAUUCUAAAUCUGAUGUUUAUAUGGUACAAAGUAUGCACAAUGAGAUGAAAGAUGAAUAUAUGUUGUUAAAAUGUAUGCUGUGUGGAGGUUUUCAAAAAGUCUUACUGGAUGCUGUCAUAUGGUUCAGUAGUGGUGGAACUAAAUCUGUGUUACACUUUGAUGCUUUGGACAAUAUAAACUGUCUAAUGGAUGGUGAAAAAGAACUUAUUAUGGUUGACAGAAAAGAAUCAGAGCACAUUGACAUUGACCACCCAGAAGGCUCAUUUUGUGGUGUUGAUGUAGAUAAAGUAAAUAUGACUAAAUACCCUGGUUUAAAAAAUGUGCCAUGGUAUACAGCAACAAUGAAACCAUCAGAUUGUCUGUUCAUUCCAUAUAAAUGGUUUCAUCAAGUGAGUUCAUCUGGUAGAAAUCUUGCUGUCAAUAUAUGGUUUGCUCAUUUGUGGUCAUUCAAUGAACAUGAUUGUAAAGAAGAUUUACCUGAUAUGAUGUCAUUAUCGGAGUUUGAAUUUGGUAACAGUAAUCAUCAAUUCAGAGGCGAAAUAUAUGACCACUUUGAUUUGUUAGGAAUGUCAUCCAUUACAGAAGAAGUUUUACUAGAAUAUGUAAAAGAUGAAGGUGGUAAUACAGAAGAAGCUCUCAAUGCAUUCCAGAUGUUAGACAAAGACAAAGAUAAGACAGUAACUUUUGAUGAGUUGUUAAAUUUUCCUGUUGAAGACUUUGCUCUGUUGUUUCCGUCGUUAGCACAAGAUAGGAGUUCUGGCCCGAGAGAAGAUCUGAUGGAAAACGAUAAUGAUAACGAUCAUGAUGAGCUCUAAAACAAAGAAUCACACUAAGUGCAGAAUCUCGUUUUUGAAAAUUGAGAAGAAAAUUUCCCCAUUAUUCUAUAGAAAUGUGGGGAAUUUUAAAAAAACUAAUUUGGAAUGUCUCCUCAUACUGAGUACAAGGGGGUAGCUUUUUAAUCAUGUCUUGGCUGUAUCACAAAUGUAGUUACUUAUUUCAGCACUCACUAUUCUGGCUCAGUUUUCAUUCAAAUAUACCAUAUAAUAAUUAUUUUGUGAGAAUUUGGUAUAGUACUUCUGGAAUAGUUGUGUUGUUGUUGUGUUACGUAUCACAUUGUUUGGAAAUUCCAAUGAUGCUAUUUCCAGUUAACAGAUCAGACGAUAGAGAAAUUUAUUUUGAGGGUGAAAUAGAUCAGAAAUCAUGCAUAUAAUGUAAGAUUGAGGAUUCGUGAUAAUUAGGACCAUGAAAAAAAGCAUGAAGAAACGUCACAAAUUGUACACACAUCAAGAAAUAAGCUGAGAAAGUUCUAAUGACGUGAUAUGAAUCCUAUUAAUAUUACAAAAUUAAUUUAUUGAGUUUACAAUCAGAUAAUAUAAUUAAUAAUUAAAUGCAUUGUACUAUGUUCUGUUGAAUUCAACUCACUUGUAAUAAUAAACCAAAAUAAUUAGAUUAACCAACCAACCAAUCAUAGUUCUGAUCAUCAGGUCUCAGUUAUAAAACACUCUCUGUUUUGUUCACAGUAGUCAUUGAUUUUUGUACUGAUUUUAGUAUAAUCCUGCGCUCCAAUGUAGCUGAAUUUCUAAACUAGUACAGUAAUAUGUAAAAUAAGAGAAUACAGACAUGUCUAAUCUCCUCUUCCUGAGAAUUGCUUAGAGCAAAUAAAAGCUGAGAUGGGGAUCUACUGUAUUCUAGUGUCACCACCACCACACUCUAGGUGAUAUUUUGGCAAAUGUGGUGGAUUGGUUUUCCGACAAGACAUUCAAUGUUCUUGUAUUAUUAAGGAAUAUAUUCACUCAACAUAAGAGUUAUUGAGGUUUUUGUAUAUAUAUAGGAUUUUUAUGUAUUUAUUACACAGUGUAUAUUUUAGAUAUAGAUAGAUAUAUUUGUUAUAUAUGAAUGAUGAUACAUACAAAGCCAGUAUGAGUUGAAGUGCUCUCGUUGAUGAAUUCACUUAGAUAUAGAUAUUGCAUGAAUAUAGUAAGUGAAUUCAUUGACGAAUUCACAGCAACUCACUGAUUAUGCCAGGCUAACAAGCUGAUGACACCGAUGUAAUAAAUAAUGUGUUACGGUGGUUUUACAUAUUGUGUUUGGUAUAUAUGGAGUUAGUGCAAUUUAGGCUAUGAAAAUCUUACAAAUUAACUAUGUUAAAAUGUAUAAAACAAUUGGAUACAUGGCAAUUUUAUACUAUUGUUACAUUGUACUGUAAAGCGCAAAAUUUCUUUACACUGAGGUCAUUUUUCAGUAGCAGUCAAGACGCAAUAUUUAAAACCACUAUACAUAUGCUGUGAUCUGACCAGAAUUUGUAACUUUUUCAAUUCAUUUUAUUUGUAGAGGGGAUAUGUAAAGGCAUUGUAGUUUUAGUUAUUUCAAAUUGACAAGUGUGUAAUUGAAUGAUGUAUGAAUUGUCUGAGAUUGUGACAUUUGAGGCUGUUUUUAUAAUUUUAUCUUCAGAAUACAAUAUAUGGUUUAGUUGUCAGACUUAGUGCGACAAAACAUCAAGAGAACUUGUGCAGGUUUAGAGUUGAUCAAUACAGUUUAAUUAAAAUAUACUUUGUGAUAAAAUUAACCACUGAUAUACAAUGUCAUAUGCGAAAUAAAUAAUAGGGUAACAUACCAAGUUUAAAAUAAAAAA